UAUCGAAGUAAACUAACAAAGCCUCAUUCCAAACCUCUAUCCACGACCCCACACCCUUCCAGCGGAUAACCACAGCCAACCACCAACUAUCACGCCCGCUGCCGCCACCAGUCACCACCCCCAUGACCCAUUCAUCGGUCCUUCUGUUUUUCUUUCAUCAUUUUCGCUGCUACAUUUCUCAAAACUCCAGCUCAUCAUUUCCAAUUUCCCGUUCUUAUCAUUAGCCUAAUUCUUCAAUUUAUAUACAUAUUUAUGGAGAAUUGGAGACUUGCUGUUCUCUGUUCUCAUCUCCGCCCGACUACGGCUUCCAAAUCAUCCCCUGUUUCCCCCUCCAUUUGCGCUUCCGGUUCCGAGAAUGGACAAACAAAUUUCUGCGUUUUUUGCAAGAUUAUUCGCGGUCAAUCCCCGGCCUUGAAGCUUUAUGAAGAUGACAUGUGCCUGUGUAUUUUGGAUACACAUCCCCUGAGUCAUGGGCACUCUCUUAUCAUCCCAAAAUCUCAUUUUUCCUCUUUGGAAAUGACUCCUCCUUCUGUGGUUGCUGCAAUGUGCUCAAAAGUACCCUUUAUUAGCAAUGCAAUUAUGAAAGCUUCUGGUUGUGAUUCAUUCAACCUGUUGGUUAACAAUGGAGCAGCAGCAGGCCAAGUUAUAUUUCAUACUCACAUCCACAUAAUCCCUCGUAAGGCAAGAGAUUGCUUAUGGACUUCUGAGAGCCUGCGGAGACGGACCUUAAAGUUGGACCAGGAAGCUUCGCAGCUUGCAGACCGUGUCCGGGAACAGCUCUCCUUUUUGAACAACGCUGAAGAAAGCAAGGAUCAAGGCUCCAGUCUCACCGGAGACUAACAAAGAUCAUUCACUGCAGUUGUGUUUUUAUGGUAUGAGCUUUCACCAGAUGACUGUAGGAUCAUCGUGUAUAUUAGUUGCUGAUUUGCUCUCGAAGGAUAAUUUAGUUCCAUGUUCUGACAAAAUGUCUUUGCCUCUUAUAAUUGAUAUUUUUCAUCGAUAUUCCUUUUUUUCAGCUUCCAUAUUGACAUUGAUUUAUAUUCAUUGCUUCCAUCAGAUGUUUGAACAAUGAUAAUGAACAUAAUGUAUAUAUGUUAUGGUAUAGUUGCUUGCA